CCAUAUUCCCUGAUUCAAAGCAGACACCCACGGGAAAUCUCAGGUGUCAGGAGCACUUCUUGACGCCCCUGUCAAGGCAGACCACGGGUACUUCAGACUUCGCUGUCGGAUAACAAGUCCCUUACGUCCUUGAUAGCGACAAAAUACACCGUCCAUCAACCCUCUACAACACCUCGAACCACCCUGAUUGCUCGUGGCGCAUCUCACUGAGUCCUCGGCUCGGACCUUCUCCUGCGCUGGCCGCCCCUGCUGCUGCACGACAACCUUUGUACGCGUCAACCAACGCCCGCUGUCUCUGCACUCCGUGCCGGCGAAUGACUCUCGAAUUAAGCAAUUGCGACUGCACUCACCUCCGCCAAACCUCGCCUGCGCAUUAAUCAACCCCGGCACGCACCUGCCCCGGGACCCUCUCUGUCUGACUACUCCGACAUCAUGACUUCUCCUCCUCAAAUUUCCCGCAAUGAGUCCCAGACUUCUCGCAGAAGUACGAGUCUGGGCUCCCGUUUGUUUCGAUCCAAGAGUGGGGAAGCGCUGGGUGACCGAAAGUCCUCUGCAGGUCGUUUGAAGAAGAAGCAAGGCGAGAUGGAUGAGUCUGCAAGAAUCACCGCAAAAUCUCCUCCACGGCUUCCUGGCUAUACUCCCCAGCCGCUGGGCAUCCAGUCUUUUGGUGGUGAGAAUUACCAACCUCAGGCACACUCUGGAGACCACAUGAACGGCGCAAGGGGAACACCUCCCGUGCCUCCGUUGCCCGAUCACCUCGAAAGGGAAUCCAUCGAUCCAUAUGCUCGUACGGAAAGCAUGACACACCGCGGCCGAUACUCCUACGCUACCUCCACCGUAUCAACGGUCAAUUCUCCUCGUAGAGUUCGACGUCGCAAAGAUCCCACCCCCUACAAUAUCCUGAUCAUCGGUGCUCGAAACUCGGGCAAGACGUCAUUUCUCAAUUUCUUGAAGAGCUCUCUCGCCCUUCCACCCAGGAAACAGCCGGCCCGUGCUCCCGAUGGCGAUACGCCACCUUCCUCGGCCCGUCCCAACCCCAACUUUGUUCAUCACUACCAGGAAAUUGAAGUUGACAGCGAACGGAUAGGGUUGACUCUCUGGGACUCUCAAGGAUUGGACAAAGGCGUCGUUGAUCUCCAAAUGAGAGAUAUGGCCAAUUUCGUGGAAAGCAAGUUUGACGAUACCUUCAUCGAGGAAAUGAAGGUGGUUCGUGCACCUGGCGUCCGAGAUACUCACAUUCAUUGCGUUUUCUUCAUCCUUGACCCAGCUAGACUCGAUGCAAACAUCAAUGCCAGCCAAGGAGGAAGCACCGGCCACGAAGCUGGUCGACUCGGGAAAGCUCCUCGCAUUGUUGGAGCACUGGACGAGGAUUUCGACAUUCAGGUCAUGAAGGCUCUGUCAGGCAAGACUACGGUUAUCCCUGUGAUUAGCAAGGCAGAUACCAUCACCACGGCUCAUAUGGCAUUCCUGAAACAAAAAGUCAGCAGGAGUCUCAAGAAGGCCGGACUUGACCCACUUGAAGCGUUGAGCUUUGAGGCUGAAGACUCGGAUGAGGACAGGCUAGACGAGCGCGAUGAAGAUGAGAACAGCAGUGAAGCUGAGAGCGGAGAGGGAUCUGCUAGAAGUGAUGAUGACUCGGAAACGAUCCCUACCGCGUCCAAAGCGAAGCGCCCUACGGUUCACAAGCGUCAAUCAUCCAACAUGUCGAUUGGCGAUCCGACUCUCGACAGCGGAUACGUCCCGUGGUCAAUCAUCAGCCCGGACAAGUAUUCGUUGGAGGCAAAAGAUGGCCCAGUCGGUCGCCAAUUUCCAUGGGGAUUUGCCGACCCAUACAAUCUGGAGCAUUGUGAUUUUGUCAAGUUGAAGGAUGCUGUCUUUGCAGAAUGGAGGUCCGAGCUUCGCGAGGCCAGCCGUGAAGUGUUCUAUGAGCGAUGGCGCACUAAUCGUCUAAAUCGUCGAACAUUACCAGCAACGAAUGGACUCCCCUCUGGACCCCGACAAAGUGGCGGCAUCCCAAUUACUCUUCAACCUCGAAUGCGUUAACAGUCAUGAUUUGUAUCUGCUUAGUUCGACAAAUUCAAAGUAUCUUUGAAUCUCCCGGACCGGAAAGAAUGUUGUGGCGCCUCCAUAGCCCCUUGGAAUGCUAUAUCUUCCUCUUAUCCCCCUAGCGUUAUAGGGCUGUUCACACCAACCACGGAUAGUCACGAGUCAUGACAAAAAUAUCCUGUUUUUUUCCUCUUGAAAGGACAAUAUUUGAUUCAUCUUCUUCGGCUGUCGAUUGGUGAAGGGCGGAACCGAGUCUUGAUGCCUCCUCUGCACGGGGGACGGUAUCAUUCGUUUAGCGAGUCAUUUUCUUUAGCACAUUCACAAAUACCCCCUUGGUUUUGUCCCAGACUGUACGCUUUUGGCCUUUUUUUAUAUUCUACAUAGACAGAACCAUCAAUCACAUAUCGGAACUGUAUC